ACACUCUAAUAGUUUUGCGGUAAAUCCCCUUCCUUUAAAUAGCACUCAACCACUUGACACUUCAUACCCAGUAUAAAAAAGCAACCAAUCCGCAGCGUCAUUUCAUUUCUCAUUCUCGAACCUUCUUGGAUAGCAGUGUAUUGCAACGGAACGUGACUAAAAAAUGGGGUUCCUAACUGCGUUGGCGGUCAACGUUGUUGGAGGUGCUGUUAUCUACGGCACCGGCGGUCUUGGAGUGGGAUUGGUGGCCCCGUGGUUGGGUUUCGGCUCAGCCGGCAUCGCUAGCGGCAGCAUGGCUGCAGCAGCCCAGUCCUACUAUGGGAAUCUGGUCGCUGGCAGCAUCAUUUCAAAACUGACGGCUGCCGCUAUGGUAGCUCCCACGCCAUAGGUACAUAAUAUCUGUGUCAUAACUUUACCAGUUAUUAAGUUAUGGUAAACGAAAAUUGUGUCUUUUGACGUCUUUCUCUCAGAUCCAAUGAAAUUAUUUAUUAUGAAAUAAUAAAUUAAUAGAAAUUGU